AUGAUUCCCUUAGACUCGUAAUUAUCGAAAAUAGGAACCAAAGAUUUAGAAGUUAAAAAAUGGGAUUUAUUCAAUGUUAAAUUAGUUUAGACAACUAUUCUAAUCAUAUUUAUUGAAGAUAAUUAUAUCAAAUAUGUAUAAGAUGGAGUCAUUUUGAGAAUGAAAUUAAGAACUUUUGGAUGUAAGCAAUAUAUUAAUAAAAAUAAGUCUAGCUCAAGUUUAUGAGAGUGAGGAAUACUUUAACGAUUAUAAAAAGGGAACAUGGAAAUUUAUUUAUAAGAAUAAAAUCAUGUAUUAUUAAAUUUAAUUGUAAGUGGUGGUGGAACAUACAGCGAUUCAGGUUAAAGAAAUGGUAAGUUGAUUGAGUUGAGCCAAGGAUUUUACAAAUAUUCAUAAGUAACAUAUAAGUGUGAAGAUAAGAACGUAAAAAAGUUGGAAAUUGGGAUAUUUUUUGGCAAAAGGAUUUUGGAGAUAAGCUCUAUCAAAAAAUGUAAAUAUUAAACAAAUUAAUUUUAGAGGAGGUGGCUCAUAUGAUGAUUAGGUGGAUGGAGAUUGAAUUUAGAUAGGAAUAUGAGUUGUGCGAUGAUUUUCACUUUUAUUUGUUUGGCUCAAAACAAGUAAUCUACAAUGGUGAAUAUAAAAUGGUAAAAAAAUUGGAAUAUGGAUUGAAAUAGAUAGAAAUAAUUAAGUAAAAGAAAUUUAAUAUGAUAAUUGAUAAUGAUAAUAAAAAGCAUAAUUUAAGCUUAAGUUUACAAAAUAUAAUCUAAUAUAUCAUUUCCUGA